AUAAAUUUAGUUCCACAUAUUUUUUUCAAAGUUGAUCGCAUAAAAGUAAUAGAGUUUAAGAUUUAAGAAAUGAAAUUUAUCAUAGCAAGUGUCUUACUUUCUUUAGUAAUAUUAGGUGGAAAUACAAAUGCACAAAAAAAUAUAUUGUGCUAUGUAGGGACAUGGGCUGUCUACCGUCAUGGAAAUGGAAAUUUCGAAGUUGGACAUAUCGAUCCACAAAUUUGCACUCAUUUAGUGUAUACAUUUUUUGGAAUUGAAGAAACUGGUGCUUUCCGAGUUUUAGAUCCUUAUUUAGAUUUGGAAGAAAACUACGGUCGAGGAAAUAUUAAAAAAUUCAAUGCCUUAAAACAUUUGAAUCCAAAACUUAAAACUUUAGCUGCUGUUGGAGGAUGGAAUGAAGGUUCUAUUAAAUAUUCUAAUGCUGCCAAAGAUCCAGCAAAAAGAAGACGUUUUAUUGAAACGGCAGUGGCUUUUAUUUUAAAACAUAAUUUUGAUGGGCUUGAUUUUGAUUGGGAAUAUCCUGGUCAAAGAGGGGGCGAUUCGGCAGUUGAUAAACAAAAUUAUGUUAUUUGGUUGAAGGAACUUAAAGAAGAAUUAAGUAAAAAUGGUUUAUUGUUAAGUGCAGCUGUAGCCUCAGCUGAAUUUUCCGCAAGUCAGUCAUACGAUAUUCCAAAAAUAUCCCAAUACCUUGAUCUCAUAAAUAUCAUGGUAUAUGAUUUACAUGGCCCAUGGGAUGAAAGUCUUGGUAUUAAUGCUCCACUGAAUGCUGGUCCAGCUGAUGUCACUGAAACAGAAAAACAAUUAAAUGUUCACAGUUCUAUUCAAUACUGGUUAAAACAAGGUGCUCCAGCGCAUAAAAUUAAUUUAGGAAUACCCUUAUAUGGGCACACAUUUACUCUCUCCGACAAAACUCAAAUUAAACCUGGAUCAGCACAUAGGGGUCCAGGUUCAGCAGGCAAAUAUACUCAACAACCUGGUUCAUUAGGCUAUAAUGAAUUUUGUGAAGAUAAUAAAUCAGGAUUAUGGAAAAUGGAAUGGGAAGAAACACAACAGGUACCAUAUGCAAUAAAAGCUGAUCAAUGGUUCGGUUAUGAUAAUAAAAAGAGCGUUGAGUUAAAGGCACAUUAUGUUAAUAAAUACAAUUUGGGUGGUGCUAUGGUAUGGUCCUUGGAAACAGAUGAUUUUAGAGGAAUUUGUGAAGAAAAAUAUCCUCUAAUGAACACAAUUAAGAAAACUUUGGACAGUACAGCUUCACCUGAUCCACCAACAACAGUACCUCCAAGUGUACCUACAACAACAGAAACAACAACAAGGAAAAGCAGUAGUACAACUACAACAAAAACUAGUAGUACAACUUCAAGGCCAACUACAACGACUGGCCCAGAAUUUCAAUGUAAACAAGACGGCACUUUUCGUGAUCCAUACGAUUGUGCUGUAUUUUAUGUUUGCAGUCAUGGAACAAAACAUACUUUUAGAUGUCCAAGCGAUUUGUGGUUUGACACAAUUGCGAGCGUUUGCAAUUUUAAACACUUAGUAAACUGCUCACCGAUUCCUUUACCACAAAAUACGAAAAUUUACUCUAUUUUUAUUGGAAGUUAUCUUGAACAAAAUUUGGGAUUUCAUUUAAAAACUGAAACAAAAAAUAAAAUGAAGUUCAUUUCUAUAAUAUUAAAUGUUUUGGUGACUUUAGUUGUGGUUUCAGCAAUUGCUGCUGAAAAAAAAAAAAUUGUAUGUUAUGUUGGAACGUGGGCUACUUAUCGAUGGGGAAAUGGAAAAUUCGAUGUCGAUAAUAUUUAUCCACAUCUUUGUACACAUUUAGUUUAUUCUUUCUUUGGAAUUAACGAAAAUGGUGAUCUCCGAAUUAUCGAUCCAUAUUUAGACCUAGAAGAAAACUGGGGCCGUGGAAAUAUCAAAAAAUUCAACGCCCUCAAAGAAAAGAAUCCAAAUCUUAAAACAAUAGCUGCAGUUGGCGGUUGGAACGAAGGUUCUGUUAAGUUUUCUGAAGUUGCAAAAGAUCCAGUUAAGAGACGCCGUUUUAUUGAUACCGCAAUUGAAUUUGUUUUAAAAUAUAAUUUUGAUGGUAUUGAUAUGGAUUGGGAAUAUCCGGCUCAAAGAGGAGGUGAUGUUGCAGUUGACAAAGCUAAUUUUGUUAAUUGGCUUAAGGAAUUUAGAACAGAAGUUGACAAACAUGGUUUACUAUUGACAGCGGCUGUAGCUUCAGCUGAAUUUUCAGCUAGUCAAUCUUAUGACAUUCCAAAGCUUUCCAAAUAUCUUGAUUUCAUUAACAUUAUGGCUUAUGAUUUACAUGGUUCAUGGGAUGAUAUCACUGGAAUCAAUGCACCUCUAUAUUCUGGGGAUAGUGACAUUACAGCAAAGCAAAAACAACUAAAUGUUCACAAUUGUGUUCAAUAUUGGUUAAAACAAGGGGCACCAGCAAAUAAAAUAAUAUUGGGAGUGCCACUGUACGGACGCACUUUUACUCUUGAGAACACUCAUAAAACUGCACCAGGCUCACCUAUUUCGGGUGGUGGAAACGCAGGACAAUAUACUGGGCAGGCUGGAUUUUUAGGUUACAAUGAAAUUUGUGAAAAAUUAGAAAAAGGUAAUUGGAAUCAAAAAUGGGAUGAAAAACAAAAAGUACCAUAUGCAUUCAGUGGCAACCAAUGGGUUGGUUAUGACAAUGAAAAAAGUCUUGCACUAAAAGCUCAAUAUGUUAAUGAACAUAAUCUUGGAGGAAUUAUGGUUUGGUCAUUAGAAACUGAUGAUUUUAAUGGUGUAUGCGGAAGUAAAUAUCCAUUAAUGAAUGCAAUCAAUCAGGUACUAUGGAAUGGGGUUACAAUUCCUCCAGAACAAUCAACAACAACAACUGUAGCUCCUGCUACAACAAGUGCAUCUUCAACAACACAAACAGCUCCAAUUCCAACAUCAUCUCCUGAAUCUAUUAAAUGUUCAGAGAAUGGUUUGUUCCGUGACUUGAAGGAUUGUUCUGUAUUUCAUAUCUGUAGUAAUGGAAUAUCACAUUCCUUUAAAUGUCCUGCAAAUUUAUGGUUCGAUAUUAAUAUUAAAACGUGUAAUUUUAGACAUUUAGUUGACUGUAAAAUAACUAAAUCUUAAAAUUAGAAAUAAAUUUUGUUAAUAACUGA